UACUCAUGCUCCUCUGGUGGCUGUGACCUCACAAUUCCUGAAGAUUUAACCAAACACUCUUUACACACACAGACCAACACGUGCUUGAAUGAAGGGAUCUUCAAUUUACUGCCAAAAUAGAAGCAGUUCUCCAAAUGAAACGAUAGGCGGCAGUAGAUUGGUUUCCAGGAGCUUCCUCCCCCUCCUGUUUUCCCGGAAAUAAAGUGAAACUACAACUGUUUUUUGUUUUUUUUUAAACUACUAGCACAGAUAGUGCUGCUGCAGCAGUCGACUCGUUUCUGCAGAGUGAGUCAGGAUGUCGGCCGUGAAGAUGUCGAAGGGGAGCGUGCAGGUGGAGGGCUGUGGAGCUCCACUGUUCUACAGACAGAGUGAACCUGCCACUGGGGAGGCGAGGAUGUCAGUUUUACUCCUGCACGGCAUCCGCUUCUCAUCAGAGAACUGGCUCCACAUCGGCACUCUGGAGACUCUGGCCCGGGCUGGCUGCCGUGCGGUCGCCAUCGACCUGCCAGGACUCGGCCAGUCUAAGUCAGCCGAGGCCCCGGCACCGGUGGGAGAACUGGCCCCUGCGAGUUUCCUGAAGGGGGUGUGUGAGCAGCUGGGCCUGGGCCCCGUGGUGGUGAUCAGCCCGUCCCUCAGUGGGAUGUACUCGCUCCCCUUCCUCCUCCAGCACCAGGCUCUGGUCCGAGCCUACGUCCCAGUAGCUCCCAUCUGCACCGACAGAUUCACAGCGGAGCAGUACCAGAGUGUGAUGGUCCCAUCGCUCAUCGUCUACGGUGACCAGGACGCUCAGCUCGGAGAGGCGUCGCUCCGCAACCUGAGCAAUCUGUCCAAUCACAGCGUGGUGGUGAUGAAAGGGGCGGGUCAUCCCUGUUACCUGGACGACCCGGACACGUGGCACAAAGCUCUCACAGGCUUCCUCAACACGCUGUGAAGGUGUGAAGCUUCAUCUGUACAAAAGAAUGGAGCGACAUGGACCAGUGCCCAGAAAAGAAGGAGCGAAAUCUUCCACACACACACACAAACAUUCACACUCACAUACGCACGAGAAAUUAAAUCAAAGAAAUCAAAAAACAUUUUGACUUCAUAUCUCAAACUUAUCAACACUGCUGUAUUCCUAUUUUUUUUCUUUUUACUUCACUUAAAAUUGGACUGAUUUCACUCUUUUUUUCCUCUAAAUGUUAUUAUUUUUUUUCACACACUUGUCAAACAUGGUCACAUAGCACCAGACUACAGACUACACAAUCACAUACACACGUGUCUUUCCCACAGAGACGCACCGACGUGGACGCAGCCGGGGUCGGGAGGGGACGUCAUGGAAUCCCUUUGCGUAUGUCAGGGCUUCAUCCUUAAAUGAUUACACCCCCCCCCCCCCUUAUCCCCAAGCUGGACCAAUUUACUAUUUUUCUUUUUUUCCUUCCAUUUUGUGGCAAAAGCUAAAUUUGUCAAACCACAGAAAUCAUUCACGUGGUCCCUUUAGAAGGAGACGUCUUCUGUCAGGCUGCACACACAGACGUCACUACAUGAUUCCUCCAUGACCUUCUGUCUGACAGGCCCAUGCUGCUCUGUGGAGACCCACUCCCUGAGCUUGCCUCUGCUCUGACAUCCCGUCCCGCUCACAAAGAAAAAUAUAACCCACCUGGGAUAGUUACGCCCUUGGUUUAUUUUUUCUUUCUUACUUCUUUCUGGUGCUCGACAUCUCCCAGCUGGGCAUGAAUAAGUGUCAUCACAUGUUUUACUUCUAUGUUUGUGUGCCUAACGUCUCAGUGCAGGUGCACAAACUGUAUAGGCCCACAUGUAUACGUGCGUGUGACACUGUUUUGCGUACAGAGCCGGGGGAAGAGAGGAAGUCGCAGGGGGUACAUUUCCACAGGCACGUGUAGCGUUCAUUUACAGAGAGUGGAAAUAGGCUAAACACAGACAGAAUCAAUGGCACAGGACAGAGACAAACAAAUGCCAGGAAAGUAAAACUGCAUCCGGCAUCAGGUGACCAGGCCCCUACCCACACUGAAAGGUGCCUAAUUGGAAAAACCCGAAAUGUCAAAGUUUUUUCUUCUAGCAGUCUUUUAUUUUCUAGAGUCUGGUUCAUUCAGAGCCGCGCUGCAGUUACUGUGCCGGCAUGUUUGCCACAUCAAAAGGUACCAACUACUGUACAGAGUGUGCAAGUUCAGGUUCAAAUCAUUGUGUGAAUCAUCCCACUAGAGCCAUUCAGUGAGGUUUUAGGUGUGUGUGUGUGUGUGUGUGUGUGUGAGAACAUCGAAGGUCGGACACUUUUGAUAUUUUUUUUUUUUUAAACUCCCACCGGCUUUCAAGCAUUUACUCGCACAGGCAUCAAUCAAUAGCGGAUCAUUCCAAGACGUUGAAAAUACAAAACUAGAGCUCACUAUACUUACUGCAGAACACCAAGAGAGCCCGGAGGAGGCGAAUAUUUUGGAGGAUCUAUUUUGUGUGUGCGUGAGAGAGAAUGUGCAGUGACAGGGGAAGGGGAGGCGUCAGAGCUCCGUACUGUGUUAACACUAAGGCAUUUAGAGAGGCUUUGUUAUCUAUGUUGCAUCUGAAACAGAAAACACUGAUGAACUACACAUUCUUUAGGAAAGCUCUGCUCCCUUGGAUCGAUAAUGAAGCAGACGGAUGUUUGAA